AUGUCUGAAACUUUUGAAUUUCAAGCUGAGAUCACUCAAUUGAUGAGUUUGAUCAUCAACACAGUUUACUCUAACAAGGAAAUUUUCCUAAGAGAACUGAUCUCUAACGCUUCCGAUGCCAUCGACAAGAUUAGAUACCAAGCUUUGUCUGAUCCAAAGCAAUUGGAAACUGAACCAGAAUUGUUCAUCAGAAUCACUCCAAGACCAGAAGAGAAAGUUCUAGAAAUCAGAGACUCUGGUAUCGGUAUGACCAAGGCCGAACUGAUUAACAACUUGGGUACCAUCGCCAAGUCCGGUACCAAGGCUUUCAUGGAAGCUCUAUCCGCAGGCGCUGAUGUUUCUAUGAUCGGUCAAUUCGGUGUCGGUUUCUACUCCCUUUUCUUGGUUGCUGACAGAGUCCAAGUUAUCUCCAAGAACAACGACGACGAACAAUACAUUUGGGAAUCCAAUGCCGGUGGUUCUUUCACUGUUACCUUGGACACCGUCAAUGAAAAGAUCGGCAGAGGUACCAUCCUAAGACUUUUCAUGAAGGAAGACCAAUUGGAAUACUUGGAAGAAAAGAGAAUUAAGGAAGUCGUCAAGAAACACUCUGAAUUCGUCGCUUACCCAAUCCAAUUGAUGGUCACUAAAGAAGUCGAAAAGGAAGUCCCAGUCACUGAAGAAGAAAAGAAGGACGAAGAAAAGAAGGACGAAGACGACAAGAAGCCAAAGCUAGAAGAAGUAGACGAAGACGAAGAGAAGAAAGAUGAAAAGAAGACAAAGACUGUUAAGGAAACCGUCAAGGAACUUGAAGAACUUAACAAGACCAAGCCAUUGUGGACCAGAAACCCAUCUGAGAUCACCCAAGAAGAAUACAACGCUUUCUACAAGUCUAUUUCCAACGACUGGGAAGACCCACUAUAUGUCAAGCACUUCUCUGUUGAAGGUCAACUAGAAUUCAAGGCUAUCUUGUUCAUUCCAAAGAGAGCUCCAUUCGACUUGUUCGAAAGCAAGAAGAAGAAGAACAACAUCAAACUUUACGUCCGUCGUGUCUUCAUUACAGAUGAAGCCGAAGAGUUGAUUCCAGAAUGGUUAUCCUUUGUCAAGGGUGUUGUUGACUCUGAAGACUUGCCAUUGAACUUGUCCAGAGAAAUGUUGCAACAGAACAAGAUCAUGAAGGUCAUUAGAAAGAACAUUGUCAAGAAGUUGAUUGAAUCCUUCAACGAAAUUGCUGAAGAUUCUGAACAAUUUGACAAGUUCUACAGCGCAUUUGCUAAGAACAUCAAGCUUGGUAUCCACGAAGACACUCAAAACAGAGCUGCUCUAGCCAAGUUGCUACGUUACAACUCCACCAAGUCUGUUGAUGAGUUGACAUCUUUGUCUGACUACGUUACCAGAAUGCCAGAACACCAAAAGAACAUCUAUUUCAUCACUGGUGAGUCUCUAAAGGCUGUUCAAAACUCCCCAUUCUUGGAUGCUUUGAAGGCAAAGGACUUUGAAGUUUUAUUCUUAGUUGAUCCAAUUGACGAAUAUGCUUUCACUCAAAUGAAGGAAUUCGAAGGUAAGCAAUUAGUUGACAUUACAAAGGACUUCGAAUUAGAAGAAACUGAAGAAGAAAAGGCCGAAAGAGAGAAGGAAAUUAAGGAAUACGAACCUUUGACUAAGGCUUUGAAGGAAGUUUUGGGUGAACAAGUGGAAAAGGUUGUCGUUUCUCACAAGCUUGUUGACUCUCCAGCUGCCAUCAGAACCGGUCAAUUUGGUUGGUCCGCUAACAUGGAAAGAAUCAUGAAGGCUCAAGCCUUGAGAGACUCCAGCAUGUCCUCUUACAUGUCCUCCAAGAAGAUCUUUGAAAUUUCUCCAAAGUCUCCAAUCAUUAAGGAAUUGAAGAAGAGAGUCGACGAAGGUGGUGCUCAAGAUAAGACUGUUAAGGAUUUGACUAACUUGUUAUUUGAGACUGCUUUGUUGACUUCCGGUUUCACUCUAGAAGAACCAUCUUCUUUCGCUUCCAGAAUUAACAGAUUGAUUUCUCUAGGUUUGAACAUCGAUGAAGACGAAGAAGAACAAGCUGCUCCAGAAGUCAAGGCCGAAGCUGAGGUCGAAGAAGUCCCAGCUGACACCGAAAUGGAAGAAGUUGACUAA